AUGUCUGGUGUUUGUCCACCGACUGUUUUGUUAAUACUUGGCUGUGCACUACUACGAAAUGUUAGACAAGUCGGUCAUCGACGCGUCAUGCCUACAAGUACUUCUUCACGAGCGCCUGCUGUCAAUCUAUCUUAUAUUCAACAAAUGGAUGCACAAUUAACAAAAAUGCUUUUACUACAAUCUUUUGUUGCUAUACCUUCAUUUUUUCCGUUUGGAGCUCAGAAUCUUUACUCGAGUAUUACUGAAGAUUGGUACAAAUCACCAUUACGAAUAGCUUGGGAGAAUGUUUUUAUUGAAUUGAUACGUCUUUUCUCUUAUUUAUUCUAUAGUACUAGUUUUUAUGUCUCAUUCUUCACAAGUCGUGGCUUUCGUAAAGCAGUUUUUCAAGUACUUCGAAUAGAACUAUUUCAAAAGCCUACUGAUCCAAUAAAGACACAUGUCCAAAUGAUCUCAACCAAUGUUACACGAAAAAUUGAACAUAAACCAGCAUGA